AUGUCAUUUAUGUAUGGUUUGGGUGAUAUAGUUGACGAGGAGACGUUCGGUGACCAACAACUAAUUGAUAGCGAUCAAGAGGAUGAAAGACGUUCGAGUAGAGAUCCAGACAAACUACCCUUUUCAAUUAUUUGGCGCGAUGAUAUCAAAUCGGAAAAUGUUAAAAUUCCAUGUAAAAACUUACUGAUAACAAUUGGAGCUACUGCUUCAGCAUUUGCAUAUACCCACUUACUUUGCAAUUUUGAAUUAGAAUUAAUUGGUCAUGCAACAGAUGCAAAAGAAAAACCAUUUGAUCAAGUGAAAACGCAACAAUAUGCCACACAACAAUUAGAUCGAAUUUAUAAAUUAAAUGGAUCAUCAGGUUCAUUAACACCGUUAGUUGUUAUACAGAUAAACUCGAAUAUGAAAUCAGAUCGACUAUAUCCAAUUAGUGAUCAGAUUAGGGAAAAAUUCACUACUGAAUCAGUCUACAUCAUUGAAUCCCUUUCUACUAUGGAUUAUGUUACAACCGAUGGAAAAUUAGAAAAUGAAUCAAAUAUGUUCAUCCGUUAUAUUAAAACGUCUUCUCAAACAGAACAUCUACGUAUAAAACCUAUUGAACCUCCAAAUACAAUACGUGGUAUAUCAGCCGCAUUAUUUACCAGGUUUCAUCAGAACAAUAUUCCAAUUGUUGUUUUUAUAUUAUAUCAGAGACAUUCUUCAGUUAAUAGUGAUGCAUUAAAACUGAUACAACGAGUAUUGGACAAAACAAACAUAAGCCAAUAUAUUCAGCCGACAGAUAAAACUAAUAAACAACUGCUUCGAUUACUGUCCGCUUCAAGCAACAUGUACUCCUGA